AAUUUUUGAAAAAUUUCAUUUUAGCCCCUCUCUCCACUCCUCAAAACCCCACCUCCACUCUCACCCUUCUCUCUCAGACUCAAGACACAUAUCCUUCUCCUCUCUUCAACCACUGCAUCAUAUCUCUCCUUCCUUCUUUCUUUUUUUCUGUGUAAAAAGAAAUAAUAAUAAUAAUAAAUAAACAACCAAAAAUUUUAUUUCUCUGCUAAUUUUAAUCUACAUUUUCGUCAAAUGGAAGUGCCUCAGUUCUUUAUGGGCGGGUGCUUCGGUGCCGGAGCCGGCGAGCUCUCGCCGAACAAACGGCAUUCCGAACAGAAACCUGGCGAACAUUUCACCAUUGACGACCUCCUCGAUUUUUCUAACGAAGACGCGAUGGUCACCGAUGGUUUCUUCGACAAUGUCGCUGGAACCUCCACAGAUUCCUCCACCGUCACCGUCGUCGACAGCUGCAAUUCCUCUGUUUGCGGCGGUGAACCUCAAUUAUCAGGAAACCGGAGCUUCAGUGAGUCUCAGUUUUCUGGCGACCUUUGUGUUCCGUACGACGACUUGGCGGAGCUGGAAUGGCUAUCGAACUUCGUGGAAGACUCAUUCUCAGCCGAAAAAGACCUACAAGCUCUCCAAUUCCAGACCACAACAACCACUAUAACGAAGCCUCAAACUCCCGAAACCUCUUCCUCCUCCGAAACGAUUCCAUCCGAAACCACCCGAAACUCAAACUCGCCGUUUUUUCAGCCCGAAAGUCCUCUCCCUGGCAAAGCCCGAAGCAAGCGCUCACGAGCCGCUCCCGGCGACUGGUCCACGCGCCUCCUCCACCUCAUCACCCCAAGUAACGACGCUAAGCCAGUUAAAACGACGACGUCUAAGAAGAGGGAAGGGUCGAGUAAUUCGAGUUCCAAUUCGGAUUCUUCGGGCCGGAAAUGCCUCCACUGCGCCGCCGAGAAAACCCCGCAGUGGCGGACUGGGCCAAUGGGCCCCAAAACAUUGUGCAAUGCCUGUGGGGUUCGAUAUAAAUCGGGUCGGCUUGUACCCGAAUACCGACCUGCGGCGAGUCCGACUUUUGUUUCCACUAAACACUCCAAUUCGCAUAGGAAGGUUGUGGAGCUCCGAAGACAGAAGGAUCUUCAGAGGGCACAACAGCAACACUUUCUUAGUCAAAGUUCCAUUUUUGGCUUAUCCAACGGUGGUGAUGAUUUUUUGAUCCAUGGUCACAAUGGACAUGAUUUUCGGCAUAUGAUCUAAUAGUGGGUUUGGGGGGGUUGAAAAAAAAAAAAAAAUUAGCUUUUCAAAUUUAAUUUUUAACAUUGGAACUCUCAAGCUUGGGCUAAUUUUUGGUACUAAGACAUUUGAACUUUGCAGCGUCUGCUUUCUCGGUUCUCAAGUAAAAUCUGUAGCACUAAGAAAAUUAAAAAAAAAAUAAAAAAUAAAAAAUGGAGUUCGGGAACAUUUUGAGGUA